CAAUCACAGCGCUGACAUUUCUGUUUUGAAUGAAACGCGGUUGGUGUCAGCUCAACUCUCCGUUUGUUUAUUAUAUUCUCAUCUCUUUUGCAGCAGUUUUCUGAAGAUUGAUGUCAUAAAUUGAAAGGCUGAAGAUAUGGUCAUGGGUGCUCAGGUGGAGAAUUAUAGCCAUCAUUACCACCUCUAAAUGAACUGCCUGAUCUGAGUGAAAUUUGCUCUGUGUUUGCUCGACGUUCAACAGUGGAGACACUAUAUACAGUAACAUAAGUCAUUUCCCAGCCCUUCGGAGUAAUGUCUUCCAGGAAGUCAAAUUCCAGUGGGGAAGGCUUGCCUUUGAGCAAAUGUGGAGAGCGUACUCCUCUGAAAAGCCUAGAGAAUGAAAUGCUGCACCUGUCAACUCCAUCAUCAAGGUUCAGAUCAAAGUCACUGCUCAGUACUGAUGUAGUGAAAACAGUGAAGGGUGAUUCUCCUCUCUGUGACCCAGAGCCCAACUUGCUAUCUCCACCAUCAUCCAAAGUGAUACAUACCAAUGAUUUGCCAAGUGAUAUGAUAACAAGUCACACAGCUUGUGGAGUUGGAAAUUUAACAUUUAAAUCCUUCAUCUGUCCUGGUGGGGAGGUUGAGAUCGAAGGCUCUUCCGUGUGUACAGAAGCAAGUAUUAUUCUGCCUGAAGAUCAGGCUGUGAAAAAUCCUUGUGAAACAGAAGAUACUUUCCUCUUUGGCAGCAUUAAUGUUCACUCAUGCAGUGACCACUUAGAGCAUCCCUAUUACAAACCGGAGAUGAAAGAUGCUUCCUUAGCUGAAAUCGACCUGGCACACUUUUCUGACAUUUCAGACUCAGGAGGUUUUGAUGAUAAACACGCUACAGAAGAUUCACAAACAAACAUGACCUGGAAAUCUUAUGUUUGUGAGGGUGGUGAGGUUGAAGUUGCUGACGUUACCAGACUAGAAGAUGAGACCAUCCCUUUGCCGCAAGAGCAGAUUGGAGAGCCUUUUGUAGACAUCACUGUAAAUCAAACAAAUCUAUCUGACUGUGGCCAGCUAUUUGAAGCAGAGCAUGCUGAUCAUCUCUACUACAGCGAUGAAAAAGCAGCAAGUGAUUCUGCAAAACCUGCUCAUGGAUUGAGUGAUGUAACCCUCAAAUCAUUUAACUGUACUGGAGGUGAAGUUGAAAUUUUAGAGGGCAGCAAACUUGCAGAGCAGACCGUUCCUCUACCAGCGGACCAAACUGCAACCUGCAGUGAGUCAUACUGUUAUGGUAAUGAUCCAAGCAUAUUACCUAGUGACCAGGAUGUGCAAGAGGAUAAUGAUCAUUUGGACCAUCCAUACUUUAAUAUAAAAAAAUCCCUUUCUACCCAAAGCAAUGACCUCUCCAUUACACAGGAACCAGUCAGUCUUGAUGCUGUGAAUGAGGUUAAACAGAUUAGCUUGGUGGUAAGUCGACAAGACACCAGUACACCUGGCUCUUCUGCUACUGUUAGAAUGAAGGCUGAGCAAUCCAAUGUCACCCGAUUGUCUCUCAUGACGUCCUCUCUGUGUGAAGAUCAGGCUGUGAUUUCCCCACCACCAGAUGACAAAUGUGUGCCAAACUGUGUUGCACUGAAUCAAAUUCCAGAUAACAAUGAACAACCUAACAGCUUCGUGGAAAAUGAUGAAGAUAUGGUAGAUGCUGAACCACAAACUAAAAAUAGCUCUACACUUACCAACACAUCUUUAAAGGCAUUGGAUAAUUUAUCUUUUAACUGUCAAACAUCAAAAAAUGACUCAUUACACCCCGAGGACAGUGCAUUGCUUUCAAUGCUUCAUAAAAGUGAUUCUUCUGACAACAGCCAUCCUGCAGCUUUGACAGAGACUCCUGUACCUGCAGGAGUGCAUGCCUCUGACUUGCCUUUGAGCAGUGGAUCUCAUGGAACCAGUGAGGCAAAAGACAGCGCCCUUGGUUCAUCCAACGCCCCUGUUCUGUGUGACUCUGCUGACAAACCUUCAGAAAACCUCUCUGAGCUUUUGAAAGUGCUGUCAGAGUGUCCCUCUGUUGCAUCAGCUUUGCCUUUUGGAAUACUCAGUCCUAUUGUGAGGAGAGCCUCUCUGCUUCUAGUAAAGGCCCAUAAGAAACCUGAAGUGGACAGAUUUUCGUUUGAUGAUUUUGCUCUCGAUGGCGAAAAGAGCUUUGUGGCUCCAGUUAACCUUGACCCCGCCGGUUUGUGGGCCGAGCACCUGGGGAGCCCCAUGCCCCGACCUCUGUUUAACUCUACAGCACUGGGUUGCAAGGCCCUGCCAGUCCAACUCACUGAGCUAGCUGAAGAUUUUGAAGUGAAGCCUUUUGCAGUGCCUCAACCUGAAGUAGAGAAACCAACCCUGGAUACACCUUUGAUUCCAGAGGGUCCCCUCCAACAGCAGCUCCGGCAGAUGGCAGAGUUUCUCUUCUUAGCAUCAGGAAAGAUGGGUCCUGCUGCUGUCUCGGCUCCCAUAUGUCCUCCUGCUGCCCCCACAGUCUUGUCAGCAACAGUAACUCCUGCAGAAUCCCACAGUGUCUGUGUGGGAACAACCCCCAUGAAACAGAUAGACCACAGCGUCAAUACAUCUGGCAAAUUUGAAAGAAAGAGGGAGUUCUCUGUGGUUGAUUCUUGCACUCUGACUGACCCUCUCCUGUGGAAUGUGCCUCCAGGAAGUCUGGAGAGUCUCCCCAAACAAGAGCUGGAGCAGAGGUUAAGGUCUAGUAUGAUCAUGGUGGAGGCUCUGGUGCAGCAGUUGGCUGCAGCCAGGACACAGCCAUCUGUAGGCCCUGCACCUUCAGACCUCCGGGAGAAACUAGUGCAAACAGACCACACUGAACUCAGUCAGACCACAAUGCACCGAGAGCUAUAUUUGGAGGCUCUGAGCAGGAUUGAUGAGUUGGAGCGGGACGAAAGUUCCCUGCUGAGCCUCAUCCAGUAUAUGAAGGACACAAAGGUCACCAUGACUUCCUUAAGUUAUGACACAGAUGCUGCUCUCACCAACAUGAAGCAAGUAGAGGAUGUUGUCAGAGGGCACCAUCAAAGCCUUGUUUCUCAUUAUGGUCAGAUGACAACUAUAUUUGAAAAAGCAAAGACAACACAGACUGCAAUGAUGCAGAAGGUCAAAGAGGCUUUUCAUCAAAGAGAUGAUAUGAAGACACAGAUGGAGGAAGCCUUUUCAGCCAAAGAGGCGGCCUUCAGUGCGAUCGAAGAGCUGAGGACUCACUGUGCCACAGCGAUCUCAGAUCUGGAGAACACCGUGGGAUCUCAUCAAGAACUCUUAGCUGCCCUGAACCAGACUUUCCCUGAACAGGUUGCAUUAAACAGAGCUUACACUGAAAUACUGGAUUCUGCUUCUGAUGUUUUAUCAACAACAAAAGAGGAACAAUGCAGUUUGAUGAAUGAACUCUGCACAGUCAGAGGCCUCCUGCAGAAAGCUGCUCCCCUUCUUCUGAAGCUGAAUGAGAAGGCAACUGCUGCUCUGAGAGAGCGGGAUGAGUAUAUCUCUGAGAGAGACCAAGCUGUUGAAGAAAGAGAGCAGAUCGCAGAAGAAUGGAACCAAGCUAACUUAAAUCUCCACAGUGCCAGAGAAGAGAUCAGUGAUUUAAAUCUGCAGGUGACAAUCCUGACCUCAGAAAUGGGUGUUCUGCGCCAGAAGCUUGCAGAAAGAGACGAAGAGAGGGGUCAGCUGGAUAGGAAAGUGACAGAGCUGUCUGCCACUGUUUCAUCUAGUUUGGCCUCCUAUACCUUCCUGGAGCAGGCCCUGGCUGCCGAGACAACAAAGUUGCAGCAGUCAUGGAAGGACAUACAGCUAUCUAAGGAGCGAGCCAAUGAGUUGGAGGUGUCGCUGGCUGAGUCGGAGCAGCGUGUGUGUGAGUUGAGUCAGGCUUUGGCUCAAAGCGAGGAUCAGCUCAGUCAGCUGCAGGCCCUCUCACAGUCCCAGAACAUGCAGAUCCAGCAGCUCCAGGAUGUUUGCACACAACUCAGUGGUGUCCGUGAGGAGAACGAGUUCUUACAGAUGGAGAAUGAGCUGGCGAGAGAGCAGACGGCUGAGAGUGAGCGUAUGCUGAGAGCCAACCUGCAGGGGCUCAGGGAGAGGAACAUCCAGUGUGAGGACCUCAAAGGAGAUCUCGGUCAACUUCAGCUUGAGAACAGAAACUUGCAGGAGGAGCUGGAAAACACAAGGUCCCACACCAAGACAACCCAGCUGGAGCUGGGAGAGAGGCUGGCACAGGCCAUCACUGAAAUAACUUUAUUACAUCACACACUGCGAGGAGUGACCAGUGACCUGCAUGCAGCUCUCACUGAACAGAAACCAGAACCAAUGAAGGACAAUAAAUGUCAGCCACUUUACAACACGGAGCGCCGUCACCCCUCUAGCUCCUUCAUCGACAGCAUCAUGGUUGCUUUGACCACUGAAAAAGAUGAGGAUGUCAUAGAGUCACAUCCUGGAUCAGCCACCUCUUCAGACAUGCCAGAGCCACAGUGUGAAACUUUGUUCAGCGAGACGAGCGCCUUCACCCGUAUUGCAGCCAUCACACCUAAAAAGAGUUUAAACGCAGUCGAGGUUGAACCCGAGGCGGACGAGCAGAGCAGCGAGGCAGAGCUGUUUGCUGACCUGAGCAGCACUGUCACAGAACUCGUCAACAACCUGAAGCUGCUGCGAGAGCGUAAAGAUGCUCAGCUGGAGGAGCUGCACAGAACUGUCUGUGUCCUGCAGGGGGAGCAGCAGGCUGCAAACAGCAUGCACGAGGACGAGGUGUUUGAGUUGAAGCAUCAACUUAACCGACUGAACAACCAGGUUGAGAAAGGCAGCCAGGCUAUGCAGCAGAAAGCUCAGGAUGAGAAAACCGUGAUGAAGUUGAUGUCAGAAAUACAAGAGGCCCAGGACUAUCUAAAUAAACACAAGAUGGAGAAUAAUGAAAUGCGAAAGGAGGUUGUCGAGCUCCGCCGUUCUCUCCAGCAGUCGAAGGUGGAGUCUCAGUUCCUUCGGGGAGAGUUGAGAAAGGCUGGUGGCCUCUCACCUGACCCCGCUCAUUUCAUGGAGGAGAAGAUCCAGCUACUGAAAGAGGUGGAGAGACUGAAGUUGAGUCUGCAGGAGGUGGAGCAGGCCAGAGCGAAACUGCUUGAUAGAGCAAAAAGACAUCAAGUCAUCCACCAGACGAACCAGCAGAAAAGUGAGAAAGAGCUCCAGAUGUUAAACAACAUGAUCAACAGAGUCAGAGAGACCCUGCUGUCUUUGCCUGAGGAGGUGAAGAAAUCUGAGCAGCUCCAGCAGCUUGUUGGAUACAUUGGCUGACGUGUUUGUUAUUGUUAUUUUGUUUUAUUGUAUAUAUGUCUCUGUUAUGUUUUAGCUUAUCUUGGCUGUAAUGUAUUUAGUAUGACAAUAAAUGUUCAUAA